UUUCCUCGGCUCAUUCUGUAGCAGGUUGGGCUGCUCAGCCAGCCUGGAGAGAAGGCUGAAGAAGGAAACAUGUCUUCUGAUUCUUUUUGUCUGUCUGCUCAAGCAAGGUUUGACUCCAAAUGGUUGAAGACAGACCUGCAGCUUGCUUUUACACGAGAUGGACUAUGUGGCUUGUGGAAUGAAAUGGUAAAAGAUGGAGAGAUUGUAUAUCCUGGAACAGAAUUAAUACAGAGUGGUGAACUACCUCCAAGAAAAGAUGAUAGCACUGAAUGCCAAACUGCAUCAAAGAAAGAAGAGCAAAAUGACAAAGAAAAGAAAGAUGAAGAAGAGACUCCACUGCCCACUUACAGGGCCAAAUCGAUUGUUGAGAGUUGGGUGUGGGGUAAACAACCAGACGUGAAUGAAUUGAAGGAGUGCCUUCAGGUACUGGUGAAGGAACAGCAAAGUCUGGCCACACAAACUGCAACAACAGCUCUCUCAGCCAUGAGGCUAAAGCAGAGGCUGGUUAUCCUGGAACGAUAUUUCAUAGCUUUGAACAGAGCAGUUCUUCAGGAGAACGUCAAAGUAAAGUGGAAAAGCAGUAGUGUUCCUCUGCCUGCUGUGGAUAAGAAGAGCUCAAGACCUGUAGGCAAAGGUGUGGAAGGACUUGCCCGUGUUGGAUCCCGAGCAGCACUUUCAUUUGCAUUUGCUUUCCUUCGUAGAGCCUGGAGAUCAGGUGAAGAUGCAGACUUGUGCAGUGAGUUGUUACAGGAAUCACUUGAUGCAUUGCGAGCUCUACCAGAGGCAUCCCUUUUUGAUGAAGGGACUGUAUCUUCUGUGUGGCUGGAAGUGGUAGAAAGAGCUACUAAAUUCCUAAGGUCUGUUGUGACUGGAGAUGUGCAUGGAGCUCCCAGUACCAAAGGGCCAGGAAACAUUCCUUUGCAAGACCAGCACUUGGCACUUGCCAUAUUGCUUGAACUGGCAGUGCAGAGGGGUACACUAAGCCAAAUGUUGUCUGCAGUUAUGUUGCUACUUCAACUUUGGGAUAAUGGAACGAGGGAAACAGAUAAUGAGCGAUCUGCACAGGGAACAAGUGCACCCCUUCUACCUUUGCUACAAAGAUUUCAGAGUAUAAUAUGUAAUAAAGACAUGCCCAAUACUGAGGAAGAGAUUCAGCUCCUGACUUACCCUCUAAGUCCAAAUGAAAGUUUUCUGAGGUAUCUGACUUUGCCACAGGACAAUGAGCUGGCGAUUGAUCUGAGACAAACAGCUGUGGUGAUCAUGGCCCAUUUAGAUCGCCUUGCCACCCCAUGUAUGCCUCCACAGUGUAGCUCUCCUACCUCUCAUAAGGGAUCAUUGCAAGAGGUCAUUGCUUGGGGAUUAAUAGGUUGGAAAUAUUAUGCUAAUGUGAGUGGUCCAAUUCAGUGUGAAGGACUGGCCAACCUUGGUGUUGUACAGGUGGCUUGUGCAGAGAAACGUUUUCUGAUUUUAUCUAGAAAUGGAAGAGUUUAUACACAAGCAUAUAACAGCGAUACUCUGGGACCACAGCUGGUGCAGAGUCUAGCUUCCAGAAAUAUUGUGAAGAUAGCAGCACAUUCAGAUGGGCAUCACUAUCUGGCUUUGUCAGCAAAUGGUGAAGUUUUCUCUUGGGGUUGUGGAGAUGGUGGAAGACUAGGUCAUGGGGAUACAGUUCCUCUGGAGGAACCUAAGAUGAUAUCUGCUUUAUCUGGGAAGCAAGCUGGGAAACAUGUUGUUCAUAUUGCAUGUGGAAGCACCUACAGUGCAGCCAUUACUGCUGAGGGAGAGCUGUAUACGUGGGGAAGAGGAAACUAUGGCAGGCUUGGCCAUGGUUCCAGUGAAGAUCAGACCAUCCCAAUGCUGGUCACAGGGCUGAAAGGACUCAAAGUCAUUGAUGUGUCAUGUGGAAGUGGAGAUGCUCAGACUCUUGCAGUUACUGAAAAUGGCCAGGUAUGGUCUUGGGGUGAUGGAGACUAUGGAAAACUAGGAAGAGGAGGCAGUGAUGGUUGCAAAACUCCCAAGUUGAUAGAAAAGCUUCAAGAUCUGGACAUUGUGAAAGUACGCUGUGGGAGUCAGUUCUCUAUUGCUUUAACCAAAGACGGCCAGGUCUACACCUGGGGGAAAGGUGACAAUCAGAGACUUGGGCAUGGGACGGAAGAGCACGUUCGAUAUCCCAAACUGCUGGAAGGCUUGAAAGGUAAUUACCAGAGUUGGAAAUAUUCCAGAGCUCUUUGUGUUGUUGGAGCUUUUUACCUGACACAAAUGAACUCUGCUUUGAGUGACAAUACCAUGUGCUGUGUCAUAUUUUUUGCAGGUGGCAUUGAAAAAGGUAAUAAUGGAAGCAAUGAUCAGUGCCAGCAUUUUGAUACUUUGCGUAUCACAAAACCAGAGCCCACAGCUCUCCCAGGAUUAGACACAAAGCAUAUUGUUGGAAUUGCUUGUGGACCUGCUCAGAGUUUUGCUUGGUCAUCAUGUUCAGAGUGGUCAAUAGGCUUGCGGGUACCUUUUGUGGUGGAUAUUUGCCCCAUGACAUUUGAGCAGCUGGAUCUCUUACUGAGACAAGUGACUGAGGGAAUGGAUGGAUCCUCUGACUGGCCCCCUCCUCAGGAAAAGGAGUGUAUGGCUGUGGCAACAUUAAAUCUUCUGAGACUUCAGCUUCACGCUGCCAUUAGUCAUCAGGUGGAUCCAGAAUGCCUUGGCUUAGGUUUGGGCAGUAUCCUGCUCAAUAGCCUGAAGCAGACAGUGGUGACAUUGGCCAGCAACGCUGGGGUUCUUAACACGGUGCAGUCGGCGGCUCAAGCGGUGCUGCAGAGCGGCUGGUCCGUGCUGCUGCCCACGGCAGAGGAGCGUGCCAGGGCGCUCUCAGCGCUCCUGCCCAGUGCAGUUUCAGGAAAUGAAAUGAAUGUAAGCCCAGGGCGGAGAUUUAUGAUUGACCUCUUGGUGGGCAGCUUGAUGGCUGAUGGAGGCUUAGAGUCUGCACUAAAUGCUGCUAUUACUGCAGAAAUUCAGAUCUAUGAAUCUGCAGGAAAACAAAGUUUACCAUUAGUUCAGUUAAUUCAGCAGUUACUAAGGAACAUCGCUUCACAGACCAUAGCCAAACUAAAAGAUGUUGCUCGUCGCAUUUCUUCCUGCAUGGACCAAGAACUUUAUAGCAAGGAGAGAUCUGCUUCUCUGGACCUGUUGCUCCGUUUUCAGCGGCUCCUUAUUAGCAAACUUUACCCAGCAGAUUGUGUUGGCCAGGUUUCUAAUACAUACAGUCCUGACCUCUUAGGUGUUGGUUCUUUGCUGAAGAAAUACACUGCUCUUCUGUGCACGCACAUUAGUGAUAUACUUCCUGUGGCAACUAGCAUUGCUUGUACUAGCCAUAGGCAUUUUGCAGAAGUAUCUUGUGUUGUGGAUGGAGAUUUAACAGGCAUUCUUCUUCCAGAACUGGUGGUUUCUGUAGUGCUACUCCUGAGUAAAAAUGCUGGAUUAAUGCAGGAAGCUGGUGCUAUCCCUCUGUUGGCUGGCUUGCUGGAACAUCUAGACAGAUUUAACCACUUAGCCCCUGGAAAGGAAAGGGACGACAAUGAGGAUUUAGCAUGGCCAGGAAUAAUGGGUUCAUUUUUUACUGGCCAGAGUUGCAGAAAUAAUGAGGAGGUGACACUUAUACGUAAGGCUGAUCUAGAGAACCACAACAAAGAUGGAGGAUUUUGGACAGUGAUCGAUGGGAAAGUGUAUGAUAUAAAGGACUUCCAAACCCAGUCUUUAACUGGCAGUAGCAUACUUGCUCAGUUUGCUGGUGAGGACCCAGUUGUUGCUUUGGAAGCUGCUUUGCAAUUUGAGGACACACGGGAAUCAAUGCAUGCCUUCUGUGUUGGCCAAUAUAUAGAGCCUGACCAGGAAGUGAUUACAACGCCAGAUCUCAGCACUUUGUCAUCGCCUCUGAUAGACACAGAACGGAAUUUGGGUCUUCUCCUUGGACUGCAUGCUUCCUACCUGGCAAUGAGCACACCGCUUUCUCCUCUGGAAAUUGAAUGUGCCAAAUGGUUGAAGUCAUCGAUCUUCUCUGGUGGCUUGCAAACUAGCCAGAUUCAUUACAGUUACAAUGAGGAAAAAGAUGAAGACCACUGCAGUUCACCUGGUAACACUACCCCAAAUAAAUCAAAACUGUAUUCACAUCGAUUAACUUUGAGUGACCAUUCGCAGCCCUUUCUCCAAGCUAUUGCGGAUAAUAAUAUUCAGGAUCACACUGUGAAGGACUUCUUGUGUCAAAUUGAGAGAUAUUGUAAACAGUGUCACUUAACAACACCGAUCACAUUCCCUCCUGAGCAUCCUGUGGAAGAAGUAGGGCGUCUGUUACUGUGUUGUCUUCUGAAGCAUGAAGAUUUGGGUCAUGUAGCACUGUCUCUUGUUCAUCCUGGUACCCUUGGAGUUGACCAGGUAAAGCACAAAACCUUACCAAAAUCUGUAGUGGAUGUGUGUCGUGUUGUCUACCAAGCAAAAUGCUCACUGAUAAAGACACAUCAGGAACAAGGUCGUUCUUACAAGGAAGUUUGUGCUCCUGUCAUUGAGCGUUUGAGAUUCUUAUUCAAUGAGCUGCGUCCUGCAGUUUGCAAUGAUCUCUCUAUAAUGUCCAAAUUUAAACUUCUUAGUUCUUUGCCCCGAUGGCGAAGGGUAGCUCAGAAAAUCAUUAGAGAAAAAAGGAAAAAAAGAGUGCCAAAAAAAUCUGAAUCUGCUGAUGUAGAAGAGUCCAAAAUAGGAAAUGAAGAAAGUGAUUUAGAAGAAUCUUGUGUGGUACCUCACAGUCCUGUACCUAUAGAUAAAAAGCCCAUACCAAUCAAAUCACCCAAGGAUAAAUGGCAGCCAAUUUUGAGUACAGUUACAGGUGUCCACAGAUACAAAUGGCUGAAACAAAAUGUUCAAGGCUUGUAUCCACAGUCUGCCCUCCUUAACACUAUUGUUGAAUUUGCACUUAAAGAAGAGCCGGUGGAUGUAGAAAAAAUGAGAAAAUGUUUACUGAAGCAGUUGGAAAGGGCAGAAGUUCGUCUGGAGGGAAUAGACACUAUUCUGAAGUUGUCAGCUAAAAAUUUUUUGCUCCCAUCUGUGCAGUAUGCUGUGUUCUGUGGAUGGCAGAGGCUUAUUCCAGAAGGAGCCAAUAUAGGGGAGCCUCUUACUGACUGCUUGAAGGAUGUUGAUCUGAUCCCGCCGUUUAACAGAAUGCUGUUGGAAGUAACUUUUGGAAAGUUGUAUGCGUGGGCUAUUCAGAAUGUCCGGAACAUCUUGCUAGAUGCUAAUGCAAAGUUUAAAGAACUAGGUCUGCAGCCUGUUCCUCUUCAAACAAUUACUAAUGAGAAUCCAGCAGGACCAAGUCUUGGAACUAUUCCACAAGCACGUUUUCUGCUGGUCAUGCUGAACAUGUUGACGCUGCAGCAUGGUGCAAAUACCUUGAGCCUCCUCCUCAAUUCUGGCAUGCUGGCCUUGACACAAACCACACUGCGGCUGAUAGGACCCAGUUCUGAUAAUAUUGAAGAAGAUAUGAUUGCCUCUUCUCAUGGGGCUUCUGCCACUGUCCUAGAAGAAUCAAGAAAGGAAACUACACCUGUUCAGCUCCCUGUUUCUGGACCAGAGCUGGCAGCCAUGAUGAAAAUUGGUACCAGAGUGGUGAGAGGGGUCGACUGGAAAUGGGGUGAUCAGGAUGGACCCACACCAGGUUUGGGUCGUGUGAUUGGAGAACUGGGAGAAGAUGGCUGGAUUAGAGUGCAGUGGGACACUGGAAGUACAAAUUCUUACAGAAUGGGAAAGGAGGGAAAAUAUGAUCUCAAAUUAGCUGAGCCACCACCUGCAACACAGCCCACAACAGAGGAUUCAGACACUGAGGAUGAUUCUGAAGGAGAACAAGUUGAAAGGAAUCUCCACCCUACUUCCAUGAUGCUGACAAGUACUGUGAACCUGUUGCAGACACUGUGUCUCUCUGCUGGUGUCCAUGCUGAAGUCAUGCAAAGUGAUGCUACUCGGACUUUGUGUGGUCUGCUCCGUAUGCUUGUGGAGAGUGGAACAAUAGAUAAGUCAGCUUCCUUGCCAAAUAAAUUAGUUUAUAAAGAACAGCAUAGGAGUUGGUGCACGUUGGGAUUCAUUCGAAGCAUAGCACUCAUGCCUCAGAUGUGCAGCACUCUUAGUACAUCUCAGUGGAUAACUUUGCUAAUGAAAAUUGUUGAGGGGCAUGAAUCUUUCACUGCUGCUUCACUACAGAGACAGAUCCUUGCUGUACAUUUAUUGAAAGCAGUACUUCCAUCCUGGGAUAAAAAUGAAAGGUCAAGAGACAUGAAAUUUCUUGUGGAAAAACUGUUUGGAUUUUUAGGGAGCCUGCUUAGUACUUGUUCUUCGGAUAUCCCACUACUCAGAGAAUCUACUCUGAGGAGGAGAAAGGCCAGGCCCCAAGCAUCUCUAACUGCCACUCAUAGUAGUACUUUAGCAGAAGAGAUAGUGGCACUGCUGAGGACACUGCAUUCGCUCAGCCAGUGGAAUGGACUCAUAAACAAGUACAUCAACUCUCAGCUAACCUCCAUCACCCACAUCUUUGCAGGAAAACAGUCAGAAGGGGCUGUGUUGGAUGACUACUUCCCUGACACUGAGAAUCCAGAGGUGGGAGCUCUGAUGGCAGUCUUGGCUGUGAUUGGUGGCAUAGACAGUCGCUUGAGACUGGGUGGACAAGUUGUUCACGAUGAAUUUGGAGAAGGCACGGUGACACGCAUCACCCCGAAAGGGAAAAUCACCGUGCAGUUCUAUGACAUGCGAACUCAAUACACACAAUGCUCUGAAUGCAUAUCUAAGAUGCUUCCAGUUGUGGCUUUUAAUGUGAACAACUUGCCUUUCACUGAACCUAUGCUAUCCAUUUGGGCUCAACUAGUAAAUCUGGCUGGAAGUAAAAUAGAAAAACAGAGAAUGAAGUCUCCCAAUCAAGGUCUUUCAGGUCAAGUUGAUCUGGAUCUGCUGCGGUGCCAGCAGUUAAAGCUGUACAUACUAAAAGCAGGACGAGCUCUGCUUUCUCACCAGGAUACGCUAAGGCAGAUCUUAUCUCAGCCAGCUGUUCAGGAGUGUGCAUUAAAUCCUGCAGAGGAUGGAGCAGUUGCCUCUCCUGACAUAGGGGAUAUGUCUCCUGAAGGACCCCAGCCUCCCAUGAUCCUUUUGCAGCAACUUUUGUCAGCUGCUACGCAACCAUCACCUGUGAAAGCCAUAUUUGACAAACAGGAGCUUGAGGCUGCUGCUCUGGCAGUGUGCCAGUAUUUGGCUGUAGAGUCUACACAUCCUUCAACUCCACUAUUUGAAGACUGCAGCUCUAGUGAAGCUACAACACCCAUCACAGUGCAACAUAUCCGACCCACAAAAGUGAAGAAACGCAAGCAAUCUCCAAUUCCACCCCUCCCCAUUGUAGUUCAGCUUAUGGAAAUGGGAUUUCCUAGGAAAAACAUAGAAUUUGCACUAAAAUCUCUGUCGGGAACCUCUGGAAGCGCUUCUGGAUUACCAGGAGUGGAAGCCUUAGUUGGCUGGUUGUUGGAUCACCCUGAUGUUCAAAUUACGGAUCUUUCUGAUGCUGAUACUAUCUCUGAUGAAUAUUCAGAUGAGGAAAUAGCAGAAGAAGUGGAAGAAGCUGAAGCUGCUUGUCCUGUGUCAAGUGGUGCUGUUGUAACAGAGAGCCAGACCUAUAAGAAACGAGCUGAUUUCUUAAGCAAUGAUGACUAUGCUGUCUAUAUUAGGGAGAAUAUUCAGGUGGGGAUGAUGGUUAGGUGCUGCAGAACCUACGAGGAGGUUUGUGAAGGAGAUGUAGGCAAAGUUAUUAAAUUGGAUCGAGAUGGAUUGCAUGAUCUGAACGUGCAGUGUGAUUGGCAACAAAAGGGUGGUACUUACUGGGUCAGAUACAUCCAUGUUGAGCUUUUAGGAUUCCCACCACAGAGUUCUGCCUCUCAUAUCAAGAUAGGUGACAAAGUGCGUGUGAAAAGCUCUGUCACCACACCCAAAUACAAAUGGGGAUCAGUUACUCACCGCAGUGUGGGCAUCGUCAAAGCAUUUAGUGCCAAUGGAAAAGAUGUUAUUGUAGACUUUCCUCAACAGUCACAUUGGACUGGCCUGUUGUCAGAAAUGGAAUUGGUCCCCAGCAUUCAUCCUGGAGUCACGUGUGAUGGCUGUCAGAUGUUUCCUAUCAAUGGGCCUAGAUUCAAAUGCAGAAACUGUGAUGAUUUUGACUUUUGUGAAACGUGUUUUAAAACCAGAAAGCAUAACACCAGACAUACUUUUGGCAGAAUAAAUGAACCAGGUCAGUCUCCCGUGUUCAGCGGGCGCUCUGGAAAGCAGCUGAAGAGACGGCACAGUAGCCAGCGGGGAAUGCUGCUGGAUGAUUGGUCAAGGAUAGUCAAGAAUUUGAAUGUCUCAUCCUCUGUGAAUCAGGCUUCCCGUCUUAUUGAUGGUAGUGAGCAGUGCUGGCAGUCUUCUGGUUCACAAGGAAAGCACUGGAUUCGCUUGGAGAUUUUUCCAGAUGUUCUUGUUCACAGACUGAAGAUGAUAGUGGACCCUGCAGACAGCAGCUACAUGCCUUCCUUAGUUGUAGUUUCAGGGGGUAAUUCCUUAAAUAACCUUAUAGAGCUAAAGACAAUCAAUAUAAACCCUACAGACACCACAGUGCCUCUACUCAGUGAUUGUACUGAAUACCACAGAUAUAUUGAGAUUGCAAUCAAGCAGUGCAGAAGCUCUGGCAUUGAUUGCAAAAUACAUGGCCUCAGCAUACUGGGACGUAUACGUGCCGAGGAUGAAGAUUUGGCUGCAGUCCCUUUCCUGGCUUCUGAUAAUGAGGAAGAGGAUGACGAUAAAGCUAACACUGGGAGUCUUGUUAGAAAGAAGGCAGCUGGACUUGAAUCAGCAGCUACAAUAAGAACCAAAGUUUUUGUUUGGGGACUGAAUGACAAAGACCAAUUGGGAGGGCUAAAAGGUUCCAAGAUAAAAGUCCCUUCCUUUUCUGAAACCUUGUCUGCCUUGAAUGUUGUGCAAGUAGCUGGAGGAUCCAAAAGCCUUUUUGCAGUGACUGUAGAGGGUAAAGUGUAUGCCUGUGGAGAAGCCACAAAUGGAAGGCUGGGUUUAGGAAUAUCUAGUGGAACUGUGCCAAUUCCCCGCCAGAUUACAGCUCUCAGCAACUAUGUGGUAAAGAAAGUGGCUGUUCACUCAGGUGGCCGGCAUGCUAUGGCAUUAACUGUUGAUGGAAAGGUGUUUUCAUGGGGUGAAGGAGAUGAUGGAAAACUUGGUCACUUCAGUCGAAUGAACUGUGAUAAACCCAGGCUGAUAGAAGCGUUGAAAACCAAACGCAUCCGUGAUAUUGCCUGUGGCAGUUCCCACAGUGCUGCUAUUACCUCUAGUGGUGAACUGUAUACCUGGGGUCUUGGAGAAUAUGGAAGACUAGGACACGGAGAUAAUACCACACAACUCAAGCCUAAGAUGGUUAAAGUGCUCCUUGGCCACCGGGUCAUUCAGGUUGCGUGUGGAAGCAGAGAUGCUCAGACUCUUGCUUUGACGGAUGAAGGUUUGGUGUUUUCUUGGGGUGAUGGUGAUUUUGGAAAGCUGGGCCGAGGAGGAAGUGAAGGAUGCAACAUUCCUCAGAACAUUGAAAGACUGAAUGGCCAAGGUGUUUGUCAGAUUGAGUGUGGUGCACAGUUCUCGUUGGCACUGACCAAGUCAGGAGUGGUAUGGACAUGGGGUAAGGGUGACUACUUCAGGCUAGGCCAUGGCACAGAUGUGCAUGUACGAAAGCCACAGGUUGUGGAAGGACUGAGGGGCAAAAAGAUUGUGCAUGUGGCUGUGGGAGCACUCCACUGUCUGGCAGUGACUGACACUGGGCAGGUUUAUGCUUGGGGUGACAAUGACCAUGGGCAACAAGGCAAUGGAACUACUACAGUCAAUAGAAAACCCACUCUUGUCCAGGGCUUGGAAGGCCAGAAAAUCACUCGGGUUGCUUGUGGGUCUUCCCACAGUGUGGCAUGGACAACCGUGGAUGUAGCUACACCAUCUGUUCAUGAGCCAGUCCUUUUCCAGACAGCGAGGGACCCUUUAGGUGCUUCUUAUCUUGGUGUUCCUUCAGAUGCAGAUUCUUCUGCUGCCAGUAACAAAAUCAGUGGGGCAAACAGUUCCAAGCCGAAUCGCCCUUCCCUUGCUAAGAUUCUCCUGUCACUUGAUGGGAAUGUUGCCAAACAGCAGGCAUUGUCUCACAUACUGAUUGCACUACAAAUCAUGUAUGCCAGGGACGCAGUUGUUGGAGCAUUGAUGCCUGCAAGUAUGAUUGCACCAGUAGAAUGCCCCUCUUCAUCGCCAGCCCCCCCAGCAGAUGCCACUUCUGCAGGAAGCCCUGCAAAUGGAGAUGAGUGUGUGCUUGUAGGAGAUAUUGAGGAGAGGCUGAGUCCAAACCCUUGGCAGGACAGGAGAGGGGAGGUUGUUCCUUCCGAAGAUGCUGUGACACCAUCUGCUGUGACUCCCUCAGCUGCUGCUGCCUCUUCCCGUCCUUUCAUUCCAGUCACAGAUGAUCCUGGAGCUGCCAGUAUUAUUGCAGAAACUAUGACAAAAACCAAAGAAGAUGUAGAAAGCCAGAGUAAGGUAUCUGGCCCAGAACCGCAGUACUUGGAUGAGUUUACAAGUCUCCUGGUACCAGAUGACACGCGAGUCAUGGUUGACCUGUUAAAGCUUGCGGUGUCCAACCGAGCGGGUGAAAAGGGAAGAGAUGUUCUCUCAGCCGUGCUGUCUGGCAUGGGAACGGCUUACCCACAGGUUGCUGAUAUGUUGUUGGAGCUUUGUGUUACAGAACUAGAAGAUGUAGCAACUGAUUCACAAAGUGGUCGCCUCUCUUCGCAACCAGUUGUGGUAGAGAGCAGCCAUCCAUAUACUGAUGAUACAUCUUCUAGUGGCACAGUUAAAAUACCAGGUGCUGAGGGACUGAGGGUAGAGUUUGACCGCCAGUGUUCCACGGAGCGGCGCCACGAUCCGCUUACCAUAAUGGAUGGCGUCAACAGGAUUGUGUCCGUCCGAUCAGGUCGUGAGUGGUCAGAUUGGUCUAGUGAAUUGCGAAUUCCAGGAGAUGAGUUGAAGUGGAAGUUCAUCAGUGAUGGGUCUGUGAAUGGAUGGGGAUGGCGAUUUACAGUUUACCCCAUCAUGCCAGCUGCAGGCCCUAAAGACCUUCUCUCAGAUCGUUGCAUUCUUUCAUGUCCCUCAAUGGAUUUGGUUACGUGUUUGUUGGAUUUUCGCUUAAAUUUUGCUUCCAACAGGAGCAUAGUUCCUCGCUUGGCAGCUUCUCUUGCAGCUUGUGCUCAACUGAGUGCCUUAGCUGCUGGCCACAGAAUGUGGGCCUUGCAGAGACUACGGAAGCUGCUCACCACGGAGUUUGGCCAGUCCAUUAACAUCAACCGGAUCCUAGGGGAUAAUGAAGGAGAAACACGAGCUUUGAGUUUCACAGGGAGUGCUUUAGCUGCUUUGGUUAAAGGUCUUCCAGAAGCUUUGCAGCGACAGUUUGACUAUGAAGAUCCCAUUGUGAGAGGUGGCAAACAAUUGCUCCACAGCCCUUUCUUUAAGGUGCUUGUGGCUCUUGCUUGUGAUCUGGAGUUGGACACUCUCCCUUGCUGUGCAGAGACACACAAAUGGGCCUGGUUCAGGAGAUACUGCAUGGCAUCCAGGGUUGCUGUGGCUCUUGAUAAAAGGACACCCUUACCUCGCCUUUUCCUUGAUGAGGUGGCAAAGAAAAUCCGAGAAUUAAUGGCAGAUAAUGAAAAUAUGGAUGUUCUUCAUGAGUGCCACGAUGUCUUUAAGAGAGAACAGGAUGAGCAGCUUGUCCAGUGGAUGAAUAGACGACCUGAUGAUUGGACACUUUCAGCUGGAGGCAGUGGAACUAUUUAUGGUUGGGGUCAUAAUCACAGAGGACAGCUUGGUGGAAUUGAAGGAGCAAAGGUCAAAGUCCCAACUCCGUGUGAAGCUCUUGCCACCCUUAGACCAGUGCAGUUAAUUGGUGGUGAACAGACUCUGUUUGCAGUGACUGCUGAUGGGAAACUGUAUGCCACUGGAUAUGGAGCAGGUGGUAGGCUUGGAAUUGGAGGAACAGAAUCAGUUUCUACUCCAACUUUACUGGAAUCCAUUCAACACGUGUUCAUAAAGAAAGUUGCAGUGAACUCAGGAGGAAAGCACUGUUUGGCAUUGUCUUUUGAGGGAGAAGUUUAUUCUUGGGGUGAAGCAGAAGAUGGCAAACUUGGUCAUGGAAACCGAAGCCCUUGUGAUCGCCCUCGUGUGAUUGAGUCUCUGAGAGGCAUAGAAGUGGUUGACAUUGCUGCUGGGGGAGCACACAGCGCUUGUAUUACAGCUGCAGGAGACCUUUUCACAUGGGGAAAGGGACGAUAUGGACGCCUGGGCCAUGGAGAUAGUGAGGACCAACUAAAACCUAAACUGGUGGAAGCUCUCCAGGGGUACCGUGUGAUUGAUAUAGCCUGUGGCAGUGGAGAUGCACAGACACUGUGCCUCACUGAUGAUGAUACAGUCUGGUCCUGGGGUGAUGGAGAUUAUGGAAAACUUGGGAGAGGAGGCAGUGAUGGCUGUAAAGUACCAAUGAAGAUUGAUUCCCUCACAGGUCUUGGAGUGGUUAAAGUAGAAUGUGGAUCACAAUUUUCUGUGGCCCUAACCAAGUCUGGAGCUGUGUAUACAUGGGGCAAGGGGGAUUAUCAUCGCUUAGGCCAUGGAUCUGAUGACCAUGUUAGAAGACCACGACAAGUGCAGGGACUGCAAGGAAAGAAAGUUAUUGCCAUUGCUACGGGGUCUUUGCACUGUGUUUGCUGCACUGAAGAUGGGGAAGUGUAUACUUGGGGAGAUAAUGAUGAAGGGCAGCUUGGAGAUGGAACAACUAAUGCCAUCCAAAGACCACGUCUGGUUGCAGCACUUCAGGGUAAAAAGAUCAACAGAGUAGCCUGUGGCUCAGCACAUACUUUAGCUUGGUCAACCAGUAAACCUGCUAAUGCUGGCAAGCUGCCUACACAGGUUCCUAUGGAGUACAAUCAUCUGCAGGAAAUUCCCAUCAUUUCAUUAAGAAAUAGGCUUCUGCUCCUUCAUCACAUUUCAGAACUCUUCUGUCCUUGCAUUCCAAUGUUCGAUCUUGAAGGAAGACUUGAUGAAACUGGCCAAGGACCCUCAGUUGGGUUUGACACAUUACGGGGAAUACUGAUAUCACAGGGAAAGGAGGCAGCUUUCAGAAAAGUUGUGCAAGCUACUAUGGUGAGAGAUCGUCAGCACGGGCCAGUUGUGGAGCUCAACAGGAUACAGGUAAAACGUUCCAGGAGUAAAGGAGGACUGGCUGGACCUGAUGGUACAAAGUCAGUGUUUGGACAGAUGUGUGCUAAAAUGAGUUCCUUUAGCCCUGAUAGCCUUCUUCUUCCUCAUCGUGUUUGGAAAGUCAAGUUUGUUGGUGAAUCUGUGGAUGACUGUGGUGGAGGUUAUAGUGAAUCAAUAGCAGAAAUGUGUGAGGAACUUCAGAAUGGGCUGACCCCUCUGUUAAUUGUGACACCAAAUGGAAGAGAUGAAUCUGGAGCAAACAGAGAUUGUUUCCUACUAAAUCCUGCUGCCAAGUCACUCCUGCAUAUGAACAUGUUUCGCUUUCUUGGUGUACUUCUGGGCAUUGCUAUCCGGACUGGCAGCCCUCUGAGCCUCAACCUGGCUGAGCCAGUGUGGAAACAGCUUGCAGGAAUGAACCUCACAAUUGCUGAUCUCAGUGAGGUUGAUAAAGAUUUUAUUCCUGGGCUUAUGUACAUUCGAGACAAUGAAGCCACUUCAGAAGAAUUUGAAGCAAUGAGCCUCCCAUUCACUGUGCCUAAUGCAAGUGGUCAAGAUAUUCAGCUGAGUUCCAAGUAUACCCAUAUUACACUGGAUAACAGAGCAGAAUAUGUGAGGCUGGCAAUAAACUACAGGCUUCAUGAAUUUGAUGAGCAGGUUGCUGCAGUUCGUGAGGGGAUGGCCCGUGUUGUUCCAGUUCCUCUACUUUCACUCUUUACAGGAUAUGAACUGGAAACUAUGGUAUGUGGAAGCCCAGAUAUUCCACUUCAUCUCCUGAAAUCUGUAGCAACUUACAAAGGCAUUGAACCAACUGCUUCCUUGAUACAGUGGUUCUGGGAAGUGAUGGAGUCCUUCUCCAACACAGAGCGAUCUCUCUUCCUGCGUUUUGUGUGGGGCAGAACAAGACUGCCCAGGACUAUUGCAGACUUUAGGGGGAGGGACUUUGUUAUUCAGGUAUUGGAUAAGUACAAUCCUCCAGACCACUUCCUUCCUGAGUCAUACACGUGCUUCUUUCUCCUGAAGCUGCCCAGGUAUUCCUGUAAGCAGGUCCUAGAGGAAAAGCUCAAGUAUGCCAUUCACUUCUGCAAGUCCAUAGACACUGAUGACUAUGCCCGCAUUGCGCUGACGGGAGAGCCGGCGGCUGAUGACAGUAGUGACGAGACUGAUAACGAAGAUGCAGAUUCUUUUGCUUCAGAUUCUACACAGGACUACUUAACAGGCCAUUGAAAAGUAACAUAAGGAAUAGUUGUUAAAAGCACUGAGGCAAAAUGCCAAAACGACAAUGAAGCCAAGGACAGCUUAGGUUUCAGAAUAGAGACUGUAUAGUCAGAGUGAUGGUAAUCUUCUGAACAUGGGGAAAGUGUGUUUGCUACUCACAGUAGGAUUUAAGGAUUACAGCUUAAUCCAUCAGCUUAAAAUAAAUGGCACAGUAUAUGGGCAUUUAACAUUUAUUUUAAAAGCUGAAAAUGGCCCCCCAUAAUGCUGCACUACAUUUAGAACCUUUGUGUUUACUGAAGUGUUGUAAAUGUUUAUAUAAAUAUGGUAGUGCAGCAUCCAAAAGGCAGUGAAACCUUUAAAUUGUGGGUGCAAUAGGUUUUUUCAUAUUAAGUGUUGUGUUCUGUGCAUCUUCUUGAUUGUAUAUUGGAAAUACUGUGCAACAACGGAAUAGUAUUAUAAAUAUUUCAAUUAACUUUACUAGAAGUUUGUUAAAAGUUUUUGAACAUUGAAUAAACAUUAUUCCUUGAAAUUCUUCUAUAGAUAAUUAAAAAUGGCCAAUAGUUUCACCUCCACCCCUGGUUUGUAUAUUUUAGCUUAUGCAUUAUUUAUCUCAAAUUUGAUACCUUUCUGUGAACAGCAUCACAAUUCUUAUCAUGGAAAGUGUACUGUAUAUAAUUGGUGCCAUGUAAAUGCAAAAGUUAUAAUUUCCCUCUAAAUAAAAGUUCUGCCACAUUAAGAA